AGACCAAACCGGCGUGCAGCUUCAACGGGUCGGAGUACCAUGACGGAGACAUGUUCCGAAUGGACGCCUGCCGCUUCUGUCGAUGUCAGGGAGGGGUGUCGGUGUGCUUCACCGCCCAGUGUGGCAUCUUGCACUGUGAACGCUACUACGUCCCUGAGGGGGAGUGCUGUCCUGUCUGUGAAGGUAUGACUUCCUCACCAAAUGACUUCGCCCCUGACUAAUCCCUCCCUGAUUCCGUUCCUAAACAGUGACUAUUAUGGGAUUUCUAUAUAAUCCUAUUCAUCAUGAUCUGAAAGGCAAAACUGAUCCUUUAUCAGCACUCCUACUCUGACACAACUCUUUGUGAAUACAGAGGGAGUCUGUGUCCUGAACUAUUCCUUUAAAGGGAAUCACCAAACCAAACCUCGUCCUUACUAUUGUAUGUAUUCAGAUCGUGAUCAAGCCUAUGACCAAUGUUACCUUGGUUUCUAACAUUCAGAGACGUGGCAACAGAAAUGACAGUCUGCUGAGACCAAAGCAUUUCAUAUCAUCUCAAAUUAGUGCCUGUGGUAAAGGGCGAGUGCAGAGCAUCAAUAAACAUCAGGAGAGAGAAGAACUGAGGAGAACGCCAAACGUCUACACCGCCAUGGCAAUAUCCAGCUGCACGCAAUCAAAGGCUGAAUGAUGAGAGGGCUUAAACAGUCACUCAGUCAGUCGUCCCCCCUUCUGCUCAUCACUCAACCUCUCUUUGAAUGACUGUCUUUGGUUCAGGGACACACACAAACAGAGCGCACAUGCACACACUCACACACACAGCUGUAAAAACACACUGACAGACGGGUAAGAAAGCUCCUUCACAACCUGAAGAUAAUUUUGCGUUAGCGCUUGUAUUUAAGAAUACAUGAAUGAAUAUAAAACUAUAUUCAUGAUGGUAUCACAUGUAUUACAGUGUGACCUUGGAAUCCAUCAGACAAUGAAGUAUAUUUUCAGAGCACCACAUAAAAUAUUUUAAAUUGCUGCUUUUUUCAGGGUUGGUGAGAGAAGAUGUGAAUGCUUUCAAAAGCCAUUCUCAAGUUCACAUGGCUUUCAUCCCAACCUCAACCUUUAAACUAUAACCUCUUUAGUCUUUUAUCUUUAUCAAUGUGUUCUCUAUCUCUUUUCCAGACCCCAUCUACCCAGUGCUGAACUUUGCUGGUUGCUACGUGAACGGGGAGAUCCUAGCACACGGAGACCACUGGCGUGAGGACGACUGUACGUUCUGCCAGUGUGUGAGCGGCGACGCCCGGUGUGUGGCCGCCGCCUGCGGGCACAGCUGCCUCAACCCUGUGACCGUACCAGGAGAGUGCUGCCCAGUGUGUGAGGGUAAGUGUGUAUGUGUGUGUGUGUGUGUGUGUGUGUGAGGAUAAGGAGAGCAACACACACCUCCACCCGACGUGCCCUCUCACCUCACCCUGUCUGUCUCUGUUUGUGUCUGUAUCAUUGCCACUGUCUGGCUGCAUCUCCAGCUCUCUACUCUGUUGGUGUCUAUUUACAUCUCUCUUGCUAGCUGUGUCUGUUUCUAUCUCUUUUUCUGUCUUACUUUCUCUCUGUCUCUAUUUCUUGCCUCUUUCUCUCAGCUAAAGUCUCUCCCUUUGUCUGCUUCUCUAUCUAUCUCUCUCUUUCUCCCUCCACCUCACCCCCCCCCCUCUUUCUCUCUGCCAUUGUGUACUGUUUUGUUUUAUGUUUAUUUGUAUCCAUCUGUGGACCUGUGUAUUUGUUUGUAUGUGUGUGUGUCUCUGUGGACAGACAGGGUCAGUGUCUGUGCCAAUUCAAAUGUUAACAUCUUUGUUUAUUCCUUGGUAAAAACCCAAACAUCCGAGUCAGUAGUCAUACAGUAGCAGUAGAACAGUACAGUAGUCUAUGAGCAGCUCCAAAUCAGCCCGGCUAGGGAAAUAUGCCUCUGAGGCUGAGCAGAAUCACAUCCUUUCAGUUAGCAGGUGUGUGGCUCGGCUUCACUACCGCUGGUGUCACGCAGCAGCAAUCUGCAUACAAACAGUGACAACACACACGCACAAGCACGCACACACACACACAUACACAAUCCUCAAACCUUCCUGGUGUUCUUUUUCCCUAACAUUAUGCACUGCUUUAUUGAGUUAUUUAUUAUGCACUGCUCAGAAUACCACAUUACUGUCUCCUCUAUCCUCCCAUGUAUUUUUCAAAUUGGUUUGGAAAGACCAGCUCGGUCUACACUGGGGACUAGGGCUGCGUCUUGUUGCUCGUUUGUCUGGUUAGUGGAAGCAGUGAGCUUAGUGGCUUACAGAAUCAUAAUCUUUUAUUAGGGAAGUCUGUAGUAUGGAUUUUUGCAAAGCUAUCUGGGGAUGUUGCUGUGUGUGUAUAUGUGAGGCUCUCUCUGGCUUCCUAUCACUGAUGAGAUUACAUCUAGGGUACAAGGGACUAGUCCAGUGUAGUAUGCUGCCGGUUUCUAUAUUACACACACACACACACACACACACACACACACACACACACACACAGAGCAGAUAUUGGAUUGAUGGUACUGUAGGUGAUGAUCUUGGUUGAUUAUAAUCUAUUUUACCUUGGUAGCGAGGUACCACGGUUCUGGUACAGCAUAUUGCCUUAUCUUAUGAAUAACCGGAACACUAUAUAUGGACCUAGCACCGCAUCAAAUGGCCUGUUACCAAACGUGUAUAGGAGUUAAUCAUAACCAGUCAAACCUUGGUAGGUGGAAGUCACGAUGAAACAAAGCUUCAAGAGUUAGUAAUUUCCUAAAUCAGUGAUGCUAGAUACUGUAUGGAUACUUAGUUACAGCUUAGCAUUGUUAGCUGCAAAACAAUGAGUUGUAAGACCCCUUUUAGCGUUAGCACGCUCUACUGUAGCCUAGCAUGCUUGACCUAGAAGAUAUUGAUACAGUUGAAGUCGGAAGUUUACAUACACUUAGGUUGGAGUCAUUAAAACUUGUUUUUCAACCACUCCACAAAUGUCUUGUUAACAAACUAUAGUUUUGGCAAGUCGGUUAGGACAUCUACUUUGUGCGUGACACAAGUAAUUAUUCCAACAAUUGUUUACAGACAGAUUAUUUCACUUAUAAUUCAAUGUAUCACAAUUCCAGUGGGUCAGAAGUUUACAUACACUAAGUUGACUGUGCCUUUAAACAGCUUGGAAAAUUCCAGAAAAUUAUGUAAUGGCUUUAGAAGCUUCUGAUAGGCUAAUUGACAUCAUUUGAGUCAAUUGGAGGUGUACCUGUGGAUGUAUUUCAAGGCCUGCCUUCAAACUCAGUGCCUCUUUGCUUGACAUCGUGGAAAAAUCAAAAGAAAUCAGCCAAGACCUCAGAAAAAAAAUGGUAGACCUCCACAAGUCUGGUUCAUCCUUGGGAGCAAUAUCCAAACGCCUGAAGGUACCACGCUCAUCUGUACAAACAAUAGUAUGCAAGUAUAAACACCAUGGGACCACACAGCCGUCAUACCGCUUAGGAAGGAGAAGUGUUCUGUCUCCUAGAGAUGAACGUACUUUGGUGCGAAAAGUGCAAAUCAAUCCCAGAACAACAGCAAAGGACCUUGUGAAGAUGCUGGAGGAAACAGGUACAAAAGUAUCUAUAUCCACAGUAAAACAAGUUCUAUAUCGACAUAACCUGAAAGGCCGCUCAGCAAGGAAGAAGCCACUGCUCCAAAACCGCCAUAAAAAAGCCUGAAACAAAAACUGUUUGGCCAUAAUGACCAUCGUUAUGUUUGGAGGAAAAAGGGGGCAGCUUGCAAGCCGAAGAACACCAUCCCAACCGUGAAGCACGGGGGUGGCAACAUUAUGCUGUGGGGGUGCUUUGCUGCAGGAGGGACUGGUGCACUUCACAAAAUAGAUGCCAUCAUGAGGAAGGAAAAUUAUGUAAGAUAUAUUGAAGCAACAUCUCAAGACAUCAGUCAGGAAGUUCAAGCUUGGUCGCAAAUGGGUCUUCCAAAUGGACAAUGACCCCAAGCAUACUUCCAAACUGAAAAAGCGUGUGCGAGCAAGGAGGCCUACAAACCUGACUCAGUUACACCAGCUCUGUCAGGAGGAAUGGGCCAAAAUUCACCCUACUUAUUGUGGGAAGCUUGUGGAAGGCUACCCGAAACGUUUGACCAAAGUUAAACAAUUUAAAUGGAAUGCUACCAAAUACUAAUUGAGUGUAUGUAAACUUCUGACCCACUGGGAAUGUGAUGAAAGAAAUAAAAGCUGAAAUAAAUCAUUCUCUCUACUAUUAUUCUGACAUUUCACAUUCUUAAAAUAAAGUGGUGAUCCUAACUGACCUAAGACAGGGAAUUUUUACUAGGAUUAAAUGUCAGGAAUUGUGAAAAACUGAGUUUAAAUGUAUCUGGCUAAGGUGUAUGUAAACUACCGACUUCAGCUUUAUAUCUGGGGUAAUGAAUAGUAUUUGUAUUUAAAGGAGUUGGACUCUAUCAUGCAGUCAGUAAGUGGAUGGAUGAUCUGACAGGGACAGCCAGGGGACUUGGUAAAUUAACCUCAUAUCACCUCAGAUUCAUAUUUCCCCUCAUGGGUUCUUACUCCACUUCUCCCUCCAAUUAAACAGUACACUAUCAGACUAUCAAAGCAUUUUAAAACACAAUCAAUGAAUAACAAGUAAUUGGAAACAACAUUAUACAUUACAAGCUCAACCCAGGGAAUUAGUGGUGAGUUUUGUUUUCUAAUCAGGAUGCAAAGAUCUCCAAUUAGGUAGCUAGUUCCACUGGCCUGGGGUCAUUUCCACCCGUAAAUAUUCUCUAAUGUGGACCUGGGUUGGGAAGGAGGGAAGGGGGAGGGAGGGAGGGAGGGAGGGAGGGAGAGAGAGAGAGAGAAGAGAGAGAGAGGGAGUUUAGAUGGAUAGAUGAAUAAAGGGAUGGAUAGAGGGAUGGAUGGAUGGAUUGAUGGAGGGUGAGGGAGAGAGGGUGGAUGCAUCCUGACUGAGCACAGGAAGGACGAGGAGAGUAGAGGGCAGUGGACCAUGCCAUGUCUCAAUGCCUGCAGGCUUCUUUACCUCUGCCCCAUUGUGGGCAGAACCCUGGCCGCUCACGCUCAACCCCCACCUCCACCCCCUUCCAUUCAUCUUUUAUGCGCCUGUCCGACUCUGAAGCAAUUAUGCGUGUUUGAGUGACCGAGCCUCAAACCUAGGGAGAGAGAGGCAGGUAGGGUGUGGAGGUAGGAUGCAUCCCUCAGUCCUCCCACGCUAACCCAACCGUCACACUCCUGGCCAUGCACCCUGAAUGGUAAUAUUAAUAAUAACAGAUUAUGUGUAUUUAUGUUUUUAUAGACCGUAUAACUGGAGCAUCUGUAUUAUGUAAAAUAGGUGCAAUAAGCACAACAUUGUUCACUCACUGCUAUUCUACACAGAAGGAUAUUUGUGUUGCUGAUAGUGAUUUUGUGUGUGUUCUGUCCUCCUCAUCAGGGUUUCCAGGGUUUUUCAGAUCAAAGCAGAGAUAGAUGGGUAUAGAUAUGAUUCCCUUCUUUGAUAUGCUCGUGCUCACACACUUUUACAGCCAUUACAUUUACUGAUAGGGGAAUUGAAUCUCUAUGGGGCAUCAUGUUUUUACUCACUGGGCUAGGCUUGGCUUUGAUUUACUUCAAUUUCAACAGUGGCUGGAGAGAGACUGGAACAGAUUGGAACAGAUUGCAACAUGUGAUUUCUCCCAAACACCUAUUCAUAUUUGUAUUCCAUUCAUGGAUGGGAUGAGUUUUUGUAUGAUACUGUAAGAUGGGUUUGACAACGUCACUAUAGGAGAAAUUGACCAUUGUGUCUUGGUGGGGGAUGAGAGAGAUACUCUGAGAGCAAUAUGACAGUGAGCAGCAGAGUUUAAUGCAUGCCCUGACAUCGUUAUCCCACUAAUGACCUUGCUCUGCCUCCUUAACAAAGACUCCUGACAUUGGUGAUGUGCAGAUAGCUACCCUUUAUAGAAAACCCCCGCAGCUCACUGGUUAUGACCUCAACCAGAUUUCCCUGGCAUGUAGAAUCCUCUGAGAAACAAUCAAUGGGAUUGUCUCAUCUAUUUGCCAUAUCAAAUAUUACUCUAACACUAUUACAAUGGUUGUUUUGAUUGAUUUACACCAAGAUAGUCACCAUCUUGCAGUGUGGAGGUUGCAGUAGUACAGUACGUUGCCUGUUAGAGCCCGUCAACUUUAAACCUGAGGGGAGGUCAGUCAGUGUGAGCUGUGUUGUCAUUGCCAUGUAUUGCGUGUGUACUGGGUCUGGUCCUCUGUGUGUACUGGGCCUCUGGGAACACCAGGUAAACACAAGCCAGGUCCUGCCACUGUCACCCCUGCCCUUGUCCCUCCCAGGCAGUACACACACACACAAACACACACACACACACACACACACACACACACACACACACACACACCACACACACACACACACACACACACACACACACACACACACACACACACACACACACACACACACACACACACACACACACACACACUCACACACACACCCCUGCCCUUGUCCCAGCGGCCCCAGGGCACACGGCCCUCUGCUCCCGGCAGCUUAAUUUAGCUCCCCCACAGCCAGGCCAGCGCUUUAUGCAUUUUUAUUUCCUAAUUAUUAUUUGUUAGGAGAGCUCGUUUCCUCAAGGUGACACCCCCUCUCUGUCAGGGUGGUUAUUGUGCCAGACACACUGUGUGUAAUUAAGCAAAUCAAGGCUGUCACAUUGGAAUGAAGCCCUCUGGAGGCCUCUGCCAUGCUUAAUGUUUAAUGCUACAUAACUCACCUACACCGGGGAUACAGAGCGGGGAAGGGGGAGGGGGAGGGGGGGUUGCUUUGUGUGCAUUUGUGUUUUGUUACUGUUUGUGUGUAUGGUCUAUUUGGCGAUGCAUUAGUUUUUUUGCCUUGAAUUGCCAUGUCCCGGCUACUGUAACUACCAGGCUGUUUUGAGCCUGCCCACCAGUUGUUUGUUAACAGGGAUACCUUGUUUUAGCCCUAGGUUGUAGCAAGUUAAUGAAAUCAGAGCGAGAGAGCUCAUUCUUAAUUCAUAAUAUCUAUAAGUCCUGAAAUAAAGACAUGGAGGCGUUCAACAGAGACAAAUAACCUUGAGGGGAAAGCAGAUGGGAAAAGAACAUUGUGUCAUUUUGUUACUUUUAUCUGAUGGGACUUAAUUAAAUUCACACCUCCAGAAUAAUUGGUACUGCACUGUUUUCAGACAGACCUACUCUCCUCCCCUACCUGGCCAUUUUGUGUUUACCAGGAAUUAAUUCAUCACAAAGUGACCCCAACACAUUUGUUUGCCUUUGUUUAAUGAAAUGUCCUUAUAGGCUUCUAUUUAUUUUGUUUUAAAUGGUUUCCAAUAGAUUUAGCAUUGUCUAUGCAUUAUUAGCAUUGUCACUAUGUUUUCUUUCUACUACUAUGUUUAUGUUGUGCAUUAUUACAUUCAUAGUCUCUUGUGACAGACUAGACUGGCCAGCGUACACGUGAUUUGCAUUCAUGAUAAGAUAGCCUACUUCAGAGAGAAGCUGCAGUUAGUCACUGGUGUCUCCUCUGACCUUGACUGUCCUGUCCUCCCCCUACCUCCUCCUGGCCACCUCCACCUGUCCUCCUCCCCUACCUCCUCCUGGCCACCUCCACCUGUCCUCCUCCCCACCUCCACCUAUCAUCCUUGCCACCUCCACCUGUCCUCCUCCCCACCUCCACCUAUCAUCCUUCCCACCUCCUCCUCCUCUCCACCUCCUCUUCCUCCUCCCUUCCUCCUUCUCUUAUCCUACUCCCCAUCUUCCUUCUCCUGUCCUACUUCCCACCUCCUCCUAUCUUCCUCCUCUUCCUCCCCUUCCUGGUCUGGUCUCCUCUUCAACCCUGGUACAACCCUCCUCAUAUUUAUCAUCACAGAACAGCACUGGUCCUGGCUCCCUCCUCAGCAGAGAGGAGCCACAUGCAGCAGAUAGCAGCCAGCCAGCCAGGCAUGGUGACAAGCAUCAGGGAGGAAUUUUUCAAAGCUGUCUUAACUAAACCGUGUGCUGGUGUCCAUGACUGUGAAAUAUGGCCAGCUAACGGCCUACGAUAUGAUAUUAAGUGCUCUAUAAUCUUUUAAUGGAUUCAAACAAACUGAACUGAAAUGCAGACACCUCAAUGUGAAGAGAUAUGCGAAUGUAAUAUACAUUAGAUGGAGGAGUGGAGGAGUCAGGUCACAGAGGUCAGUUGGUCGUGCCUUUAUACAGGAUAUUAUAGUAGCUGUCAGGUUUUUUCAACUAUUGUUCUGUGAUAUUUACCCACAUUAAUGGAAGAUAGGUGUGGGUUUGUGGAGAAAUUGCUUUUGACUCUGAUGGCUCCUAUUAGUCAUAAUGCCAGAACAAAGCUGUGUGUGUGUGUGUGUGCGCGCGCGCACGUGUGCGUCGUAUUUGUGUGUUGAGUGACGUUACUCAGUCGACUUACCGUCCAAAAUGUUGUGUGUGAUUUUUUUGGUUCCUACAGAGCCCACCUACAUCACGAUGGCGCCCCCUACCUGUCAGUCAUUAGAGAACUGCUCCCUGUCAGAGAAGGACUGCUUAUACGGCUUCCGACUGAACCUGAAAAGCUGUCGCACCUGCCACUGCAAGACACGUGAGUACUGGGCCAUAUUCAUUAGGGCACACAGCGGAAUACGUUUUAAAACUUCCAAUGUAAAACGAAAGUGUGCGUUUCUUAUUGGACAAAUCCAGGAUGGUACCUCCUUGUUUCAGUCCAUUUUCUUCCGUUUGGUUCACGACCGUGGUUUGGUCUGACGUCUCGGUCAGUCAAGCCUGUUUUGCAAUAUGUCUAUUAUUUCCUCUGACCGGAUUGGUUUAUACAGAGGACAGAACUCGCCCUGGGCCAAUGACAUUGAGACAUUGUUCUCUGGUGUUCUCUCUCUCCUUACUGACUGUCUGACUGUUGAUAUGACUUUACCUGUCUGGGACGUAAUCAGACAUGGAUUAAAGGAACACAGACGGCAGACUGAGACAUCUUGAAAGGGCUUUUAAAAACAAAUAUGUUAAUGUCCAUGCCUGUCAGAAAAGAGCAUUAUCAUAAGUCAUGACUUCUGAGUUUCAAAAACAAUUCCUCAUUUUGAGUAUCUCUCAAUGAAGACAUAUUGAUGUAUAAAUUAGCUUAAUGCACCUUUAAGUCAUUGCCACAGAUCAUAAUAGAAUAAGUGGACUUUUAGAACUAUUAAAUUACAGUUAAGUUUUGGCUAUAAACUGAUGUCUGAUGUGUUUCUGUCUGUGUCCUCCCUACAGGAGAAGAGCUGUGCAGUGCCCUGAUCUCUGACUGUACCCUGAAGUGCCCCUUCGGCCUGCAGACAGAUGCCCACGGCUGUGACGUAUGCCAGUGUCGCCCCAGGCCAAAGAAGUGCAAGGCUGUUGUUUGUGACAAGGCCUGCCCCUUCGGAUUCAUGUGAGAAAGCACUUCUCUCUCUUCCUCCCUCCCUCCCUCCCUCCCUCCCUCCCUCCCUCCCUCCCUCCCUUGCUCUGUCCAUCGCUACCUCCCCAUAUACCCCUUCUUCCUGCUCCUUCCCUCCCUCCGUCUCUCACCCUCCAUGCUUCUACCUCCAUCCUUCUCUCCCUUCAUCUCCCCCUGUCUUUACCGACAGUCUACCCACUCAGACACGCUUAAUAACAAACAUGAUGAUUCUCCGCUCUCACACAAUUAUCAUAUAGUUUUCACUCCAGCGCUCCACGCUUUGAAAUAUGAAGCGAUUUAAAAUCUGCAUAGUUUCAGAAUAAAUUAUGCCUACUUUGCCAGUCACUUUCAGCUGUUAUAAAGCAGUAGAACUUCACAGAGACAGACAGACUGACAUAUGGUCAAUUUUAAUUGAAAUCGCGGCUCCUUCAAACUUAUGUCACAAAAUAUGUGGUCCUCUGUAGCUCAAUUGGUAGAGCAUGGCGCUUGUAACGCCAGGGUAGUGGGUUCGAUCCCCGGGACCACCCAUAUGUAAAAAUGUAUGCGCACAUGACUGUAAGUCGCUUUGGAUAAAAGCGUCUGCUAAAUGGCAUAUUAUAUAAUUAUUAUAUUAAUUACCCUUGGUUACAUGCUUUGCCUGUUAUGCUUAAGUGAGUUUUGCUCGUAAACUGACAAAAUUAUAGCUUUUUCCUUCGCCACAACUCAUUUUGGCUAAACAGGCAUUGCAUGUGGAGUUGACAUUUGAAUUAGCUUCACCCAGGUUACUGAUUGGGUUUGCUGUGUUGCUGUUGCGCUUGGUAAAGGAUGGCCUCUGAUAGUGAAACUGAAGGGCUAAUCUUCUAACAGGAUGUUAUUUUAGCUUCUCCAAAUGCAUCUGGCCACUAGUACCCUGCUUGUAGGCUCACCACACCGCACCCCUCCCCGAAUACAUGGAUUGCCAUUCACACAGAGGUACAUCAGUAAUAAGUCAUUUAUUACAGCUUUCACUAGGGAAUCUUGUCUGCAGGUUAAGAAGGUAUGCACACAGUCCUGGCACACACACACAUGCUCAUACCUCCUACGCUUGCUGUGCAUUAAAACUCAUGUGUAGAGUUAUAAAACAAAAGCUUUCAUAUACAGCACAUGAACAAUUACAGCACAUGCCCAACAGCCAUACCACGUUCUGAUUAGAUUAGUCUGAAAUGACCAAUAACGAAAACAUUAUAAUGUGACUCAAUCUCAGGCUCCAUUUGAUGAGCUUGUUAAUAUAUAAUCCCCCCCCACAUCAGCUCAACUGAUUUAUAACAUUACCAUAGUUGGAGAAGCAGAUAAUGUGUGUCAGCGGUUCAGAAUGGUUCAGGAGAUGUGUCUAACUCACUACCGGCCCCCUAAGGCUCCUUUACUCCCGGCCAAGUUAAAAGGUACAAUCUGCAAUAGUUACUAAUGUUAAAUGGUCAUUUCAAUUAAUGAUAUAUUUACUCUUGAAGAAUGUAACUUAUUAAUUCCUCAAGAGCUCAUAGUACAACUGUUUUACCCCAUAAUAACCCAAAAUAUAAAGUUGUUUCACGGCAUAGAUUUAUAGCGGGGCUGCUGUUUUGCUGAAACACUCAUUACAGUUUGUGACUUUAAAGGGGAAAUCUGCAGUUACUACAUCUAUUUUUGGACAAAAAAUUAUGAGAUAUACCCUUUGAUUCUUGAAGAAUAUAACUUCAUGAGCUUAGUUCAACUGUUCAACUGUCGUAUACCAUCAAAACCCAAAAUAUAAGAUUGCUUUACUCCAAUGUUUCAAAACAAAGUAAAUUGGAUGACCGGAUGACCGCUUUGUUUCAACUGCCCCUUUAAUGGCUGCUUCCCCCAGUCCCUUGUAGUAAUAGUAGUGGACCUUCUCUUUCAUAGCAGCUUUUCUAUUGGGCAGCUAGCAGCUUUUCUAUAAGGCCCCGGGGAGGCCGGUCCACCUGCACUAUAAUCCAUCUGCCCUGUAUCUUAACUGUGGUGUGGACCAACCAGCCAGCUGGCCUGCUAGGAAUUAUUAUGACAGAAUAGUUAUGGAUAUGACAGAGAGUAAAACGCUUAGGCGGCAGGCGGUGUCCUGUCCACACAUUUACCUUCUUAUCAUAAACUAAACUCUCCCUCAACAAUGGUCUGUCAUACAGUAAAGGUGUUACUCGACUGGUCUGUGCCUGCAUUGAACCAAUGGUCUCUCUCUCUCUCUCUAUCUCUCUCUCUCUCUCUCUCUCUCUCUCUCUCUCUCUCUCCUCUCUCUCUCUCUCUCUCUCUCUCUCUCUCUCUCUCUCUCUCUCUCUCUCUCUGUCUCAUGAAUGAGUGUGCACGGCGUGAAUGCUUGCAUCUAAGAUUCUAAUUUUAGAUAUCUAUUUAUGCGCCGUCAAAGUUAUAGCUUACACCCUCUGUUCGAGCAGCAAAGUGUUUAGUUUGAAUAAUUCAACGGGCCGCCGUCUCCUCUCCGUACAGACUCUAUUGAUAUUCCCCACAACUGAAAUGGCCCUUGAUAGCUCCUUAUCACCAAACCAAAUGUGGAUUGUACAUGGCCGUUCCUCCUCGCACCUAUUAUUCAUGACAGUGGGCAGGAGAGGGAGGAGGAUGGAAGGAGGAGAGGGAGGAGGAUGGAAGGAGGAGAGGGAGGAGGAUGGAAGGAGGAGAGGGAGAGAGGGAGGAGGAUGGAAGGAGAAGAGGGAGGGAUGAAGAGGGGAGGAUGGUGGGAUAGAGGAGGGGAGGAUGGUGGAGCUGGAUGGGAUAGGGGGGAUUUGGAACGAUAAUUUUUAUUUAGGAAAGGAAAGGUGCCCUGCUCUGUCUGGUCAGAGCAGCGAGCCACAGAGCGAAGCGUUUGUUUGAUACGUCCCAAUGGUCAGUCAUAUGUGCCAUCUGUUGACACGAGUGUGCACACACACAACCCCUCUUUAUCGCUGUCCUUGUUUUAACUGAUGACAUUGGUAAUGCUUGUCAUUGGCACCUUGCUGGAACGUACACACUGCCUGUCUCUGAUAUGCAAAUGUUUGUGUGGCUGUUUGCUAUGUGUUUACCUCUCUAUGCAAUGACAAAAAUCUAACUGAUGAAACAGAUACUACGGCAAACAAACUUUUGCUGUUGUAAACUAAAGCAUGUCACACAAACAAACACAAUGGCAAACUAAAAGUUUGACGGGUGUCGUCAUCUGUAAUCAGUGCUAUUGAGUUAUUGAGGUGAGAGAUGAAACCAUCGUAGUCUAAUAUUCUCACUUUCACUAUAGAUAACAAAUGUAAUAAAAAAUUGAAACAGGGACACAGUGAAUAACAAUAACAAGUAAAAGUAACAAGACUAUAUACAGGGAGUACCCGUACCGAGUCCAUGUGCAGGGGUACGAGUGUGUGUGGCGUCAGUAUGCAUGUGUGCGCAUGCUAUGUGUGUGUGAGCGUAUGUAGUGUGUGUGUGUAUGUGUGUGUUGGGAUGUCAGUGUAAGUAUGUAGGGUCAAUGCAUGUAGUCCGGGUAGCCAUUUGAUUAGCUAUUUUCCAGUCUUAUUUAGUAGUAUUAUGGCUUGGGGGUAGAAACUGUUCAAGGUCCUGUUGGUUCCAGACUUGGUGUACUGGUAUCGCUUGUCGUGCGGUAGCAGAGAGAACAGUCUAUGGCUUGGGUGGCUGGAGUCUUUGCCAAUUCUUUGGGCCUUCCUCUGACACUGCCUGGGGUAGAGGUCCUGGAUGGCAGGGAGUUCGGCCCCAGUGAUGUACUGGGCCAUACUCACCACCCUCUGUAGCGCCUUGCGGUCGGGUGCCCUGCAGUUGCCGCACCAAGCGGUGAUGCAGCCAGUCAAGAUGUUCUCAAUGAUGCAGCUGUAUAAAAAAUGUCAGCCUCCUGAGGGGGAAGAGGCGCUGACGUGCCCUCUUCCCAACUGUGUGGGUGUGUGUGUGGACCAUGUUAAUUCCUUAGUGAUGUGGACACCGAGGAACUUGAAGCUCUCGACCCGCUCCACUACAGCCCCAUCGAUGUGAAUGGGGGCAUGCUCGCCCCUCUGUUUCCUGUAGUCCACGACCAGCUCCUUUGUCUUACUGACAUUGAGGGAGAGGUUGUGGUCCUGGCACCACACUGCCAGGUCUCUGACCUCCUCCCUGUAGGCUGUCUCAUCGUCAUCGGUGAUCAGUCCUACCACCAUCGUGUCGUCAGCAAACUUGAUAAUGGUGUUGGAGUCGUGUGCGGCCAUGCAGUCCUGGGUAAACAGGGAGUACAGGAGGAGACUAAGCACACACCCAAGGGGCCCCCGUGUUGAUGGUUAGCAUGACAAUGUGUUUUUGCCUACCCUCACCGCCUGGGGGCGGCCCGUCAGGAAGUCCAGGAUCCUCACUGCAACACCCACCGAGAUGGCCAUUUUGACCACCCUCAGGGCUGUGAUCUAUAACCAGCAAUGCUUCGCCUAGCCAUGCUAGCUUUGUCCAGAGUGGCUUGUAAUGUGGUUGCUAGCAAGCCAACAGCAUGCUAGGUAGUGAUAGGUAUCAACAGCCAAUCCAGUAGGGGCUGGAAGCUAUAGUGCGCUUCGAUUGGUCUAUUGCGCCGCGAUAUUGCUGAGUAUUUGUAUAAAGUUCAGCUUUCAGCUUUUCGCCCUGUUCACGCUCCCACGAUAUGUUCGCAUCGCCCCACGGUCCCCCGGUCACUUCGCUUCUCAUCGCUUUUCUUCCAUUGAAAAUGAAUGGCCAUUGUUGUUUUAUCACCUGACAUCAUCCCUAGUGGACAUGGGCCAUCACACUCAGCAAAGGUGGAUUUUAUAGGCUAUCCAUUUCAGAUACUGUAGCAUACAGUGGGGGAAAAAAGUAUUUAGUCAGCCACCAAUUGUGCAAGUUCUCCCACUUAAAAAGAUGAGAGAGGCCUGUAAUUUUCAUCAUAGGUACACGUCAACUAUGACAGACAAAUUGAGAAAAAAAAAUCCUGAAAAUCACAUUGUAGGAUUUUUUAUGAAUUUAUUUGCAAAUUAUGGUGGAAAAUAAGUAUUUGGUCACCUACAAACAAGCAAGCUUUCUGGCUCUCACAGACCUGUAACUUCUUCUUUAAGAGGCUCCUCUGUCCUCCACUCGUUACCUGUAUUAAUGGCACCUGUUUGAACUUGUUAUCAGUAUAAAAGACACCUGUCCACAACCUCAAACAGUCACACUCCAAACUCCACUAUGGCCAAGACCAAAGAGCUGUCAAAGGACACCAGAAACAAAAUUGUAGACCUGCACCAGGCUGGGAAGACUGAAUCUGCAAUAGGUAAGCAGCUUGGUUUGAAGAAAUCAACUGUGGGAGCAAUUAUUAGGAAAUGGAAGACAUACAAGACCACUGAUAAUCUCCCUCGAUCUGGGGCUCCACGCAAGAUCUCACCCCGUGGGGUCAAAAUGAUCACAAGAACGGUGAGCAAAAAUCCCAGAACCACACGGGGGGACCUAGUGAAUGACCUGCAGAGAGCUGGGACCAAAGUAACAAAGCCUACCAUCAGUAACACACUACGCCGCCAGGGACUCAAAUCCUGCAGUGCCAGACGUGUCCCCCUGCUUAAGCCAGUACAUGUCUAGGCCCGUCUGAAGUUUGCUAGAGUGCAUUUGGAUGAUCCAGAAGAGGAUUGGGAGAAUGUCAUAUGGUCAGAAGAAACCAAAAUAUAACUUUUUGGUAUAAACUCAACUCGUCGUGUUUGGAGGACAAAGAAUGCUGAGUUGCAUCCAAAGAACACCAUACCUACUGUGAAGCAUGGGGAUGGAAACAUCAUGCUUUGGGGCUGUUUUUCUGCAAAGGGACCAGGACGACUGAUCCGUGUAAAGGAAAGAAUGAAUGGGGCCAUGUAUCGUGAGAUUUUGAGUGAAAACCUCCUUCCAUCAGCAAGGGCAUUGAAGAUGAAACGUGGCUGGGUCUUUCAGCAUGACAAUGAUCCCAAACACACCGCCCGGGCAACGAAGGAGUGGCUUCGUAAGAAGCAUUUCAAGGUCCUGGAGUGGCCUAGCCAGUCUCCAGAUCUCAACCCCAUAGAAAAUCUUUGGAGGGAGUUGAAAGUCCGUGUUGCCCAGCGACAGCCCCAAAACAUCACUGCUCUAGAGGAGAUCUGCAUGGAGGAAUGGGCCAAAAUACCAGCAACAGUGUGUGAAAACCUUGUGAAGACUUACAGAAAACGUUUGACCUGUGUCAUUGCCAACAAAGGGUAUAUAACAAAGUAUUGAGAAACUUUUGUUAUUGACCAAAUACUUAUUUUCCACCAUAAUUUGCAAAUAAAUUCAUAAAAAAUCCUACAAUGUGAUUUUCAGGAUUUUUUUUUCUCAAUUUGUCUGUCAUAGUUGACGUGUACCUAUGAUGAAAAUUACAGGCCUCUCUCAUCUUUUUAAGUUGGAGAACUUGCACAAUUGGUGGCUGACUAAAUACUUUUUUCCCCACUGUAUAUACUGGACCUAUAUUUUCUAACCUUAUGAAUAAGUAAUGUUAACCUCUCUCUCUCUUUCGCUCUCUCUCCCUCUCUCUCUUCCUCUCUCUCUUCCUCUCUACCCCCAUCAGAAAGAACAAGCAUGGUUGUGAUAUCUGCCGCUGUAAGAAGUGUCCAGAGUUACCUUGUGACAAAGCCUGUCCAAUGGGCUUCCAGCAGGACGAGUUGGGCUGUCUGAAGUGCCAGUGCAGAGGUGAGUGCCAUCUAUUGAGAACCUUUGAUACUUACGCAUUCAUCAUUUAGAUGCUGCUAAUAAUGAUUAUUUUCUCCAAACUCUCUCCUCUCUUUCCCCUGUCAGACUUGGAGAACCACUACCAGUACCUAAACUUUCUAACUAUUCUGCUGUUUUCCUGUUUCACAUAUUACACCCAUAGAGAGUUGUCUGGAGUAGUCUCGUGCUGCCAGACAGGCCAUCUGGUUAUUCUUUUUGUUCUCAUCAUAGUCAGCUACCUUCACCAUCAGAAAGAACCAAACUUUUGUCGACUUUUGUUUUGAUAGAUGUUGAGGGCAUAGAAUAUGACUAAGGAUGUGUCCUGAAAGGCACCCUAUUCCCUUUAAAGUGUACUAGUUUUGAUGGGCCCUGGUCAAAAGUAGUAUACUAUAUAGGGAAUAGGGUACCAUUAGGGAUAUAUUGUUACAUUUUUGGUCUUUUUUUAAGGCCAACUGUUGGUGCAACCAGAUGGCAGGCCGGGGUCAACUCCUCCACACAGAUGUUUUAUUGAUACUCCUCUUGUGUUCUGCUAUGAUUUGCACUAAAUAAUGAACUCCCUGUGAAAUAUUAAUGAAUGAGGGUCCAAAACACAUUCUCUUUUGAAUUGGUAAAAUUGGGCAUCUGUCCCCAUAUGGCUCAGAAUCUCAGACAGGAUUUUAAUCAAGGUGAUUUUUUCUCUCCAUGAUAAUGAUCUGAUCCUGGUUGGCCCAAGAUCCUGUAAGCCAGUCAGUGAUUGGUUGGCCCCUGCUACAGUAAGCCAGUCAGUGAUUGGUCCGCCUAAAACUGUACACCUGUCAACUAGAAAAAAGGGUUCCAAAGGGGUUCUUCAGCUGUCUACCUGGAAUCAUAAAUGGUUCUUCAAAGGGUUCUCCUAUGGGGACAGUCAAAUAACCCUUUUAGGUUCUAGAUAGCACCUUUUAUUCUAAGAGUGUACUUUACAGUGUAAGGGUUUGGGUUAUGCUGGUAGUUGUAUCUCUAAAACUUGUCUUCCAGACCAGAGCUCCUCGUCAGUCGCCCCUUCAGUGAAAAUGGGUUCAUGUCUGUCCAUGGAUGGAAGACAGCACGAGAACGGGGAGAACUGGCAUGAUGGCUGCCGGGAUUGUUACUGCCACAGUGGCAGGGAGAUGUGUACCCUCAUCUCGUGCCCCGUACCAGCCUGCGACAGCCCUGCCAUAUGGGAUGGACAGUGCUGCCCAUCCUGCCCAGGUAAGGAACCUAAACCUAAUGAAAUAAGGAAGAAACUGUGCACUGGUAGUAGGCUAUUCUUAGAUAGGCUAGUUGGUGUGUAUACCUGAAAUCAUUUACAUUUACAUUUACAUAAUUUAGCAGACGCUCUUAUCCAGAGCAACUUACAAAUUGGUGCAUUCAACUUAUAGCCAGUGGGACAACCACUUUUCUUAAUUUUUGUUUAUGGGGGGGUGGGGGAGGGUGGGGGGUAAACAACCUAAGCUGAAAUUCUUCAAAAAAAGAUAUUGCCCAUUUUCCCAUCCUCUUCAUUGUGUCAUAGUAGAUACUGUUCAUAAUACAGUACACACUAAUGAAAAAGCUGUUUCCAAUAUGUUUCACCUUUGACCCUGUGCUCACUCUUCCGUUCUCCUCCCUCAGAGGAGCCUAGCUCCCACAAGCCAGACCUGGGAGACUCGUCAGUGUGUCUGGCCCCGGGGGGAGAGUACUUUGUGGAGGGGGAGACGUGGAACAUCGACGCCUGCACCCAGUGCACCUGUCACAGUGGGCGUGUCCUGUGUGAGACAGAGGUGUGCCCGCCCCUGCUCUGCCAGAGCCCAAUCAGAACGCAAGACUCCUGCUGCCCCCACUGCCCAGGUGAGUUUGAGUAGCCAUUUGUUACUCGAGUUGGCUUUGAAACACUAUGGGUCUUUGAGUCUCUAUAUACAGAGUCUGUGUGGCAAGUAUAGUAUGGUUUUAUAAUAGAGAACGGCAGCCUUAUCAUUAUGCUUAAACGCAGCCUAAGCCCUAAGCCGUAUAUAAAAGGUAGUGAUGAAUGUGAAGGGGGAUAGUGUCUCAAGAUUGUCUUGACUGAGCUGAGGUCCUAAAGUAAAUUAUAGCUGCACAGACCUGGCAUUGGGAGAGAUGCUAUUAAUAAUGUUUACUAUUUGCCUUGGCUCUAUUUCCAAUACAACAAUACGGCUGCACAACAAUAGUAUGCCUGGCAUAACAAACUAGAGAGGGAUGGCCAGAUGUUUAUGCCAGAGAGAGAGAGAGAGAGACACUGGGAGAGGGAGAGAGGGAGAGGAGAGAGUAGAGAGAGGAGAGAGGAGAGAGAGACGAGGAGAGAUGACACUGGGAGAGGGAGGGGAGAGAGGGAGUCUUUCGGAUCUGGGGAGAGACACUACCAGUUGGAGAGGGCGAGAUGGGAGAAGAGCCAGAGAGGAAGAGGAGGGGAGAGAGCAGGGAGAGAGGAGAGCGGAGAAGAGAGAGACGGAGAGAAUGAGAGAGAGAGAGAGAGAGAGAGAGAGAGAGAGCACAAAUAGUUUUUUUCUGACGGUAAACAGCUGAAAGAAAAACACAGAUUGGAGCCCAGAAUCAAACUCUGUAGAGAGAGAGCGAGGAAAAACAAGAAGAAUGUGCAUAAUGCAUAAGUUAUGGAACUCUAGACAUGAAUAGUGCAUGAGAAAAUGGAGACAUAGCAAACCAAACCAAACGUGAAACAGACAGCGUUGCUUUGGGCCUCUGUCACAGUAAAACAGUGUAACAGCACAGAGAUGCCUGGAAGGCCACCAACUCAACUUUCACAUGGAUAUUUUUGUUUGUUUCCAUCUCUUAAAGAUGCACUAUGCAGAAAUCACUCCGCAUUUCUUGGUUGCUAAAAUUCUAAUAGUUUGCCUAAUUUCAGUUUAUUUGACAAAACAAGGAUAGUGUAGAGAAUCAUUGUACCAUCUAAACCACUGUGAAAUAUAUUUUCCAUAACCACAAAUAUUGUAUUUUCAGCUGUUUGAAGCUGGUGUACAAAACCGAAAGUAAAAGAUGUAAAAACAAAACUUAAGAAUGGGAUGUAUAGAAAUAGUACACAUAGAACAGAUAUACCACUUCUUAGACUUGCUUUCAAUGAGAAUGACAGAUCUAUAACUUACAUUUCUAGGUGAAUUUGGUCAGGUUGCCCAAAAAGUUACAUAUUGCAACUUUAAGCUGUUUGUUUGAGAUGUUUUAGCUGAAUAAACCAAAGACGCGAAGAUGAACAUUCUACCACUUGAAUGUCAUCAAUAUUUUAAGCCCUGGAAUCCAACUCAUGUAUUCUUGUCAGAUGAGCCCGUUCUUCGCUGCUCUGUUGGAUUCCAAGAGCUACAGUCACAUUUAAAGAACACAUCUUUAAAAGCAUACCUGACUGAGUAUUUACAGUGUAUACAGUGCAGUCAGUUGAUCCUGACUGUGUGUGUGUGCGUCCCUGCCUGCCUGUGUGUGUGUCUCCCUCUCUCCUCUAUAGACGAGCCCAUCACUCCCCAGUCUCCCAGUAAUGACAGCAUGCCCAGCUACUGCAGGAACGAGGAGGGGGACAUCUUCCUGGCAGCAGAGUCCUGGAAGCCCAACACCUGCUCCAGCUGUGUGUGUCUGGAUGGACAGAUCAGCUGCUUCUCAGAGUCCUGCCCACCCGUUGGCUGUGCCAGGCCCGUGCUGCGUAAAGGACAGUGCUGCCCCUAUUGCCUCGGUAUGCUGAACACAUGCAGGGACACCCACACACACACACACACACAGAUAAUUGGACCUACCUGUACUAUAGACAAUGUGGGGAGAUAAGCUGAGUAAGCAGGUUUUACUAUCCUUGUGGGGACCAGAAUUUCGCCAGUCCCCACAAGGGAAAAGGCUAUUCUAGUCUUAGUGGUUAGGUUUAGGGUUACAAUUAGGGGUAGGGUUACAAUUAGGGUUAGGAGUUAGGGUUAGGGGUUAAGGUUAGGAUUAAGUUAAGGGUUAGGGAAUAAACCUAACCCUAAAAUGUUUGGUCCCCACAAGGAUAGUAAAACAAACAUGUGCGUGUGUGCUUGCGUGCAUAUGCAUGUUUGUGUGUGUGUGUGUAUGUGUGUCUGCGUGUGUGUCUGUGUUUGCGUGUUUACUGAAUGAGUAUCUUCCAUAUGUUUACCUGUCUCCGAGGAUCCUAUUUGAUCUUCUCCUGUGUCUCCUGACAGAUGCCACACCGCGAGCCGUGUGCCACUUCAAUGGGAAGACGUAUGCGGACGAGGAGCGCUGGGACAUAGACAGCUGUACACACUGCUACUGCCUUCAGGGACAGACCCUCUGCUCUACUGUCAGCUGCCCCGCCCUGCCAUGCCACCAACCCACCAUAGUGGAGGGCAGCUGCUGCCCCAUGUGUGCAGGUGUGUGUGUGUGUGUGUGUGUGUGUGUGUUGUGUGUGUUGUGUGUGUGUGUGUGUGUGUGUGUGUGUGUGUGUGUGUGUUGUUGCCGUUCACUCUAAUUGCCUCUAAUGAAUUCCACACUUACACACACACACACACACACAAACACACAACACACACACACACACACACACACACACACACACGCCCUUGCAAAAUGUGAAUUGUCUGGUCAUCAAUAUUACUGCUAUUUAUACCAUAGCAUUGUUGAAUACUCAUUUCUGAUUGGCUUUAAAGGCAUUCUAGAGCGUGCAUUAUUUCCAUAUAGCACACGGUAUAUCAGCACGGUAGAAUUCAAUGGCUAUAUUUCAUUCUUACAUGUUCUAUGUUUGAGCUGCUUUUGAAAGCAAAAGUCGAAUUGAAAACAUUAUUAGCAUUGUUGAAUAAUAGCAAGCUAGGACUGAAGAUUUGGUUAGCUAAACUAACAAGUCUGUUUGUUUGGUUACCAAGGCAACUACUGGAGCUAUCUAUAAACUUGCCAGCUACUUCAGUGGAUGUUGAAUACAUUUCUACCUGUAAAUGAACACAUUUCUAGCGGCAAAUGUGUUAAAUUAUAACCAUGGUAUAAAAGGGAUAAUCAACUCAGAGCUCUAUGCGUUCUCUGGAAAAUAAUACAACUCUGUGGAAUAGCCCCUCGUUGAUUAUCCCGAACAUAUUCCCUUCACUAUUUUGAAAGGACUAUAAAAGAGUGCAGAUGUCCUCCCAUUGUUGCUAUGUAUUCACACCAUGUCCCUUAAAUAUUUAUUUGGUUGACUGUUAAGUAAUGAGUUGUAAUUGAGGAGGACAACCACAGCAAACACACCUUCAUUGAUAUUAAUAAUUUAAUGGAGGGAUUAGGGUUUUACUGGGCUGUGUGGUGAAUUAACAUGCUUUGCUAAGGCUAGAUAAUAGCAUUGAUCAUAGCUCCCGCUCUGUUCUCUAUGUCACCGCUCAGCCCUGGAUCGAUGAGAUGCAGCAGUAGUGUAAUUAUAAAACUCAGAGCAGAGCUCUGUGGAGAACUCCACUGCCCGUAAUUCACACCAGCUGGGUUCAAAUACUAUUAGAAAUCAUUUAAAAUACUUUAUCUACACUUGAUUGAGCUUGGCUGACUUAAUGGAACCAAUAGUAGUGCCGAAAGUGAAAAUCCCACCCACCCACCUGGCACUCUAGGCAGACUAGAGUAAAGCACAAAGUAUUUGAAAGAAAACAAACCCUAUUAAACCCAGGUCUGCUGCACUGCCCGCAUAAUGGCAGCCAUGGUUGUGGAGCCUAACAAUAGCUGGUUGAACAGUUGGAGAAGAGGGCCCACAAGAUGAGACUGGGUAAUUUAAUCCCUAGAUGUGAUUGGGUGGCAAUGAAAUGCAAAACAUCCCCUCUUUUCUCAAAGUCAGGCUCAAUUAAUGAAAAGCCAAAGGUCACUCACCACUCACUGUUAUUUCAACACCUCUUAUUAUUAGUAUUCCUCUCUCUCUCUCUCUCUCUCUCUCUCUCUCUCUCUCUCUCUCUCUCUCUCUCUCUCUCUCUCUCGUCUUUUCCUAAUCACGUGUUUCCAUAUUAUGUUACCUCAUAGAGAUGUACGCACCAGCCCCCACCAACGUGCCAAUCGAGAAGACAGACCAGCACGGAGACAGGAAGCAGCACCAGCCUGUCUGGCCCACACGCAGUGAGAACGACAUCAUGCCCCAGUUCAGAGGUCAGAUUUAAAAUCAAACACUUCCUGGUCUGUCAUGCUGCUAAAAAAGCUCCCCUACUCCCUAACACACACACACCCCAAACAAUUGAUUCCCAUUCAAAAUGCUAUUUUCCCUAACCUUAACCCGUAGCCCUAAAGCCUAACCCUAAACCUAACCCCUAACCCUAAUUCUACCCCUAAUUGUAACCCUAACCCUAAACUUAACCCCUAAGCCUAAAAUAGCCCCUUUCAUUGUGGGGACCAGCAAAAUGUCCCCACUUGUCCGAAUUUUCCUUGUUUUACUAUCCUUACGAGGAUUUUUGGUCCCCACAAGGAUAAUGAAACAAACACACACACACACACACACACACACACACACACACACACACACACACACACACACACAGAUACUGUCAUGGUUCCUGUGGGGUAAAAUGACAUUAUGAAGGGCAGCUCAGAACAGCUGAAGAUGGAUUUUAAAGAACUGAUUGGGUUCCUACUUGACACCAACAAAUGCCACAUAAUAUCUGGCCCUCUGCCCUCUCUAAAUCGUGGCAUUGAAUGGUUCAGCAGACUUUUAGCCCUCCAUAACUGGCUACGAGACUAUUGUAGCUCUGUAGGUGUAACAUUUAUUGACACUUUUGAUACCUUCUGGAAACAAAGCUCGUAAUAUAAGGAGGAUGGGAUCCACCCAAAUCAUUUGGGUUUCUGGAUCCUUUCACAGCAUUAUAAGGCUGCGUUGUGACAAUGAGUCCAGCUCAUUUAAUCCCUACCAUUGUGUCGCUGUGUUGUCAUAAUUAUUCAGCAAAUGUACAUUAUCAUAGGGGCGUUGGAAGACACAAUGUAAAUAACCUAAUUUAUGUCCCUCUUACUGCCCGGAAUGACUCUGCUGAUCCUACAGCUAUUGUAUGCAGUAAUCAUAUGGCUAUGAACCAGAGUAAUACUGUUAGCACUGAGGUGGUGUGCCCUAGUAAGAAGUCCACUGUGUGCAGCUCACCCUGCACUAAUAAAAAAUUACCUGAGUAUGUCUACCUCUGCUAAGCUUCCCAGUAAAGCAAGAAAAAUAAUCAAGCAUCCCAGAAAAGUGUUAAACAUAGCCCAUGUUAACAUAUGUAGCUUAAGAAACAAGGUUCAUUAAAUCAAUAAUUUGCUAGUAACAGAUGACAUUCAUAUUCUGAAACUCACUUAGAUAAUACCUUUGAUGAUACAGUGGUAGAAAUACAAGGUUAUAACAUUUACAGAAAAUACAGAAAUGCCAACGGGGCCGGUGUUGCGGUCUAUAUUCAGAACAACAUUCCUGUAAAGCUUAGAGAGGAUCUCAUGUUAAAUACUCUUGAAGUAAUAUGGCUACAGGUUCACCUGCCUCACCUAAAGCCCAUUCUGGAAGGGAGCUGCGAUAGACCACCAAGUGCUAACAGUCAGUAUCUGGAUAACAUGUGUGAAAUGCUUGAUAAUAUAUGUGAUAUCAAUAGAGAGGUAUACUUUCUGGGUAAUUUAAAUAUUGACUGGCUUUCAUCAGGCUGCCCACUCAAGAGAAAGCUUCAAAAUGUAACUAGUGCCUGCAACCUGGUUCAGGUUAUCAAUCAACCUACCAGUGUAGUUACAAACAGUACAGGAAUGAAAUCAUCAACAUGUAUUGAUCAUAUCUUUACUAAUGCUGCAGAAAUUUGUUUGAAAGCAGUAUCCAAAUCCAUCAGAUGUAGUGAUCACAGUAUAGUAGCCAUAUCUAGGGAAACCAAAGUUCCAAAGGCUGGGCCUAAUAUUGUGUAUAAGAGGUCAUACAAUAAGUUUUGUAGUGAUUCCUAUGUUGUUGAUGUGAAUAAUAUUUGUUGGUCUGUGGUGUGUAAUGACAAGCAACCAGACGCUGCACUUGACACAUUUAUGAAAUUGCUUAUCCCAGUUACUAAUAAGCAUGCACCCAUUAAGAAAAUGACUGUAAAAACUGUUAAAUCCCUGUGGAUUGAUGAGGAAUUAAAAAAUUAUAUGGUUGAGAGGGAUGAGGCAAAAGAGAUGGUAAAUAUGUCUGGAUGUACAACCGAUUGGCAAACGUACUGUAAAUUGAGAAAUCAUGUGACUAAACUGAAUAAAAAGAAGAAGAAACUACACUAUGAAACAUGAUAAAUGACAGAAUGAUAGUAAAAAGCUUUGGAGCACCUUAAAUUAAAUGGGCAAAAAGGCAAACUACGCUCCAUCAUUCAUUGAAUCAGAUGGCUCAUUCAUCACAAAACCCACUGAUAUUGCCAACUACUUUAAUAAUUUUUUCAUUGGCAAGAUUAGCAAACAUGACAUGCCAGCAACAAACGCUGACACUACACAUCCAAGUAUAUCUGACCACAUUAUGAAAUUCCGUAAAGUAAGUGUGGUAGAGGUGCAAAAAUUAUUAUUGUCGAUCAACAAUGACAAGCCACCGGGGUCUGACAACUUGGGUGGAAAAUUACUGAGGAUAAUAGCGUAUUUAAGCCUACUAGAAAUUUGAGCAUACUAGAAAGUAUGUGCCCUCAGGCCUGGAGGGAAGCAAAAGUUAUUCCCCUACCUAAGGAUAGUAAAGUCCCCUUAACUGGCUCAAAUAGCCGACCAAUCAGCCUGUUAUCAACCCUUAGUAAACUUUUGUAAGAAAUUGUGUUUGACAAAUGACUGAUGAUUGGCUGAGAGAAAUUGAUGAUAAAAAGAUUGUGGGGGCUGUUUUGUUAGACUUCAGUGCGGCUUUUGACAUUAUCCAUCAUAGUCUGUUGCUGGAAAAAAGUAUGUGUUAUGGCUUUGCACCCUCUGCUAUAUUGUGGAUAAAGAGUUAUCUGUCUAACAGAACACAGAGGGUGUUCUUUAAUGGAAGCCUAUCCAACAAAAUCCAGGCAUAAUCAGGAAUUCCCCAGGGCAGCUGUCUAGGCCCCUUACUUUUUUCAAUCUUUACUAACGACAUACCACUGGCUUUGAAUAAAGCCAGUGUGUCUAUGUAUGUGGAUGUACAGCGACUGAAAUGACAGCAACACUUAACAAAGAGCUGCAAUUAGUUUCAGAAUGGGUGGCAAGGAAUAAGUUAGUCCUAAAUAUUUCAAAAACUAAAAGCAUUGUAUUUGGGACAAAUAAUUUACCAAACCCUAAACCUCAACUAAAUCUUGUAAUGAAUAAUGUGGAAAUUGAGCAAGUUGAGGAGACUAAAUUGCUUGGAGUAACCCUGGAUUGUAAACUGUCAUGGUCAAAACAUAUUGAUACAACAGUAGCUAGGAUGGGGAGAAGUCUGUCUAUAAUAAAGCGCUGCUCUGCAUUCUUAACAGCACUAUCAACAAGGCAGGUCCUACAGGCCCUAGUUUUGUCACACCUGGACUACUGUUCAGUCGUGUGGUCAGGUGCCACAAAGACGGACUUAGGAAAAUUGCAAUUGGCUCAGAACAGGGCAGCACGGCUGGCCCUCGGAUGUACACAGAGAGCUAACAUUAAUAAUAUGCAUGUCAAUCUCUCCUGGCUCAAAGUGGAGGAGAGAUUGACUUCGUCACUACUUGUAUUUGUGAGAGGUAUUGACAUGUUGAAUGCACCGAGCUGUCUGUUUGAACUACUGGCACACAGCUCAGACACCAAUACAUACCCGACAAGACAUGUCACCAGAGGUCUCUUCACAGUCUCCAAGUCAAGAACAGACUAUGGGAGGCGCACAGUACUACAUAGAGCCAUGACUACAUGGAACUCUAUUUCAUAUCAAGUAACUCAUGACAGCAGUAAAAUUAGAUUAAAAAAACAGAUAAAAAUACACCUUAUGGAACAGAGGGGACUGUAAAGCAACACAAACAUACAGUGAGGGAAAAAGGUAUUUGAUCCCCUGCUGAUUUUGUAUGUUUGCCCACUGACAAAGACAUGAUCAGUCUAUAAUUUUAAUGGUAGGUUUAUUUGAACAGUGAGAGACAGAAUAACAACAAAGAAAUCCAGAAAAACUCAUGUCAAAAAUGUUAUGAAUUGAUUUGCAUUUUAAUGAGGGAAAUAAGUAUUUGACUCCUCUGCAAAACAUGACUUGGUACUUGGUGGCAAAACCCUUGUUGGCAAUCACAGAGGUCAGACGUUUCUUGUAGUUGGCCACCAGGUUUGCACACAUCUCAGGAGGGAUUUUGUUCCACUCCUCUUUGCAGAUCUUCUCCAAGUCAUUAAGGUUUCGAGGCUAACGUUUGGCAACUCGAACCUUCAGCUCCCUCCACAGAUUUUCUAUGGGAUUAAGGUCUGGAGACUGGCUAGGCCACUCCAGGACUUUAAUGUGCUUCUUCUUGAGCCACUCCUUUGUUGCCUUGGCCGUGUGUUUUUGGGUCAUUGUCAUGCUGGAAUACCCAUCCACGACCCAUUUUCAAUGCCCUGGCUGAGGGAAGGAGGUUCUCACCCAAGAUUUGACGGUACAUGGCCCCGUCCAUCGUCCCUUUGAUGCAGUGAAGUUGUCCUGUCCCCUUAUCAGAAAAACACCCCCAAAGCAUAAUGUUUCCACCUCCAUGUUUGACGGUGGGGAUGGUGUUCUUGGGGUCAUAGGCAGCAUUCCUCCUCCUCCAAACACGGCGAGUUGAGUUGAUGCCAAAGAGCUCGAUUUUGGUCUCAUCUGAUCACAACACUUUCACCCAGUUCUCCUCUGAAUCAUUCAGAUGUUCAUUGGCAAACUUUAGACGGGCAUGUAUAUGUGCUUUCUUGAGCAGGGGGACCUUGCGGGCGCUGCAAGAUUUCAGUCCUUCACGGCGUAGUGUGUUACCAAUUGUUUUCUUGGUGACUAUGGUCCCAGCUGCCUUGAGAUCAUUUACAAGAUCCUCCCGUGUAGUUCUGGGCUGAUUCCUCAACGUUCUCAUGAUCAUUGCAACUCCACGUGGUGAGAUCUUGCAUGGAGCCCCAGGCCGAGGGAGAUUGACAGUUCUUUUGUGUUUCUUCCAUUUGCGAAUAAUCAAACCAAAUGUUGUCACCUUCUCACCAAGCUGCUUGGCGAUGGUCUUGUAGCCCAUUCCAGCCUUGUGUAGGUCUAUAAUCUUGUCCCUGACAUCCUUGGAGAGCUCUUUGGUCUUGGCCAUGGUGGAGAGUUUGUAAUCUGAUUGAUUGAUUUCUUCUGUGGACAGGUGUCUUUUAUACAGGUAACAAGCUGAGAUUAGAAGCACUCCUCCCUUUCCCAUCUUUCUGAUUGAGAGGGAGUCAAAUACUUAUUUCCCUCAUUAAAAUGCAAAUCAAUUUAUAACAUUUUUGACAUGCGUUUUUCUGGAUUUUUUUGUUGUUAUUCUGUCUCUCACUGUUCAAAUAAACCUACCAUUAAAAUUAUAGACUGAUCAUUUCUUUGUCAGUGGGCAAACAUACAAAAUCAGCAGGGGAUAAAAUACUUUUUUCCCUCACUGUAGACACAUGCAUACAAACACUUGAUAACAUACGCACUAUACACAUAUGUACACAUGGAUUUUGUAUUAUAGAUAUGUGGUAGUAGAGUAGAGGCCUGAGGGCACACACUUAAUAUGUUGUGAAAUCUGUUAUGAAUGUAUUGUAACGUUUUUAAAAUGUAUAACUGCCUUAAUUUUGCUGGACCCCAGGAAGAGUUUAUUAUAAUACAAAAAACAAAUACAAAUACAUACUUGUCAUAUCACCAUCAUUAGCAGGUGCAGUGGUGGAGAGGAAUCUAGAGUGUCUGUCUCCAUGGUGCAGCUGUAGCUGCUAAAUGUUUUUGCAGGCGUCCAUAUGUAUCUCUUCAUCCUGGAACAGAGUCUGCUGUUUCCUUUUAACUGCAAUCUAGGGACUGAUUCAAUUAUCCAUAACUCUGCUAUGCCAAGACGUGUCUAGUGUUGUUGGAGUGUUGCUGGUUAGGAUACCACAUUAUUGUUCAGUUUCUAGCACACUUACGUUUUGAAGUGAUACACAUACCAUGUGAGAUUGCUGUAUCGUCCUCAAGGUUACAACAGCAGUUUCUUAAGACAUAAAAAAGUAUUUUCUGAAAUCCUACACGGCAUCUACCAAUGGUAUGAGGAUUAUAUAUAAACAUCCCAACAUCCCAUUAUACAGACAGGUUUUGUGUCUCAUAAUGUUUGUGUGCUCCCUAUGUCACAGGGGACUUUGGUAGUCUCCAAAUGCCCUAUCUAGAUGGGAAGACCCCAGUUCCCAGUGAGGACACCACACUGCACUCUGUGGCAUGGGUGGCACUGCCCAUCGUCAUGAUGCUGUUCACCAUCACAGCUCUGCUCUACGUCAACCAGAAGAAGCAGUGGAUCCCUGUGCUCUGCUAUCGCACCCCCACUAAGGUAGGGGGAGACAUUACCCAUAUUUACAGUGCAUUCGGAAAGUAUUCAGACAUUUACAUUUUAGUCAUUUAGCAGACGCUCUUAUCCAGAGCGACUUACAGUUAGUGAGUGCAUACAUUUUCAUACUGGCCCCCCGUGGGAAACGAACCCACAACCCUGGCGUUGCAAGCGCCAUGCUCUACCAACUGCGCUACAGGGGGGACAGACCCCUUGACUUUUUCCACAUUUUGUUACGUUACAGCCUUAUUCUAAAAUGGAUUAAAUAGUUUUUUUUCCCUCAUCAAUUUACACAAAAUACCUCAUAAUGACAAAGCAAAAACAUGUUUUUAGAAAUUUUAGCAAAUGUAUUAAAAAUACAAAAUGGUAAUAUCACAUUUACAUAAGUAUUCAGACCCUUUACUCAGUACUUUGUUCAAGCACCUUUGGCAGCGAUUACAGCCUCGAGUCUUCUUGGGUAUGACGCUACAAGCUUGGCACACCUGUAUUUGGGGAGUUUCUCCCAUUCUUCUCUGCAGAUCCUCUCAACCUCUGUCAUGUUGGAUGGGGAGCGUCGCUGCGUCGCUGCACAGCGAUCGGGUUCAAGUCCGGGUUCUGGCUGGGCCACUCAAGGACAUUCAGAGACUUGUCCCGAAGGCACUCCUGUGUUGUCUUGGCUGUGUGCUUCGGGUUGUUGUCCUGUUGGAAGGUGAACCUUCGUCCCAGUCUGAGGUCCUGAGCGCUCUAGAGCAGUAUUUCAUCAAGGAUCUCUCUGUACUUUGCUCCGUUCAUCUUUCCUCGAUCCUGACUAAUCUCCCCUGCCGCUGACAGCCAUCCCCACAGCAUGAUGCUGCCACCACCAUGCUUCACCGUAGGGAUGGUGCCAGGUUUCUUCCAGACGUGAGGCUUGGCAUUCAGGCCAAAGACUUCAAUCUUGGUUUCAUCAGACCAGAGAAUCUUGUUUCUCAUGGUCUGAGAGUCCUUUAGGUGCCUUUUGGCAAACUCCAAGCGGGCUGUCAUGUGCCUUUUACUGAGGAGUGGCUUCCGUCUGUCCACUCUACCAUAAAAGCCUGAUUGGUGGAGUGCUGCAGAGAUGGUUGUCCUACUGGAAGGUUCUCCCAUCUCCACAGAGGAGCUCAGGAGCUCUGUCAGAGUGACCAUCGGGUUCUUGGUCACCUCCCUGACCAAGGCCAUUCUCCCCCGAUUGCUCAGUUUAACCAGGCGGCCAGCUCUAGGAAGAGUCUUGGUGGUUCCAAACUUCUUCCAUUUAAGAAUGUUAGAGGCCGGUCUCCCGAGUGGCGCAGCGGUCUAAGGCAGUGCAUCGCACGCAGUGCAUCGCAGUGCUUGAGGCAUCACUACAGACCCGGGUUCGAUCCCAGGCUGUGUCAUAACUGGCCGUGACCGGGAGUCCAAUAGGGCGGCACACAAUUGGCCCAGCGUCAUCCGGGUUAGGGGAGGGUUUGGCCGGGGAGGCUUUACUUGGCUCAUCGCGCUCUAGCGACUCCUUGUGGCUGGCCGGGCGCCUGUAGGCUGACUUCGGUCGUCAGUUGAACGGUGCAGUUGGCUUCCGGAUUAAGCGGGCAGGUGUUAAGGAGCACAGUUUGGCGGGUCAUGUUUCGGAGGGCGCAUGACUCGACCCUCGCCUCUCCCGAGCCCAUUGGGGAGUAGCAGCGAUGAGACAAGAUCAUAAUUGGAUCGCAAUUGGAUAUCAGGAAAUUGGGGAGAAUACAGGUGGUAAAAAAUAUAUAUAACAAUGAUGGAGACCACUGUGUUCUUGGGGACCUUCAAUGCUGUAAAAAAUGUUGGUACCCUUCCCCAGAUCUGUGCCUUGACACAAUUCUGUCUCAGAGCUCUAUGGACAAUUCCUUCGACCUCAUGGCUUGGUUUUUGCUCUGACAUGCACUGUCAACUGUGGGACCUUAUAUAGACAGGUGUGUGCCUUUCCAAAUAAUGUCCAAUCAAUUUAAUUUACCACAGGUGGACUCCAAUCAAGUUGUAGAAACAGCUCAAAGAUGAUCAAUGUAAACAGGAUGCACCUGAGCUCAAUUUCGAGUCUCAUAGCAAAGGGUCUGAAUACUUAUGUAAAUAAGGUAUUUCUGUUUUUAAUUUUUUAUAAAUUUGCAAACAAUUCUAAAAACCUGUUUUCGCUUUGUCAUUAUUAUUGUGUGCAGAUUGAUGAAGACAUGUUUUUAUUUAAUCAAUUUUAGAAUAAGGCUGUAACGUAACAAAAUGUGGAAAAAGGGAAGGGGUCUGAAUACUUUCCGAAUGCACUGUAUGCCUGGUUGGUUUCUGUACUACUUUACUGCAGGCUGUGUGCUGUUGUUCUAGUAUAGUUGACGGUAUAAAACGCCAGAGAAUAUCAUAUCAGCAGCUUAUGGGGAAGCAUACUUGAUCAAUAUCUAUACUUUUGAAUAUAGAACUAAUUGAAUGUCAAAAAAUAUUACUAUUACAUAGAAAUAUUACAUUGCCUAGCUAUAUAGUAAUGAUGAGCAGGAGAUGCUGCUUGUACUGUAUUUAUACAGCCUGAGAAGAGCCUUAUUAAGAAAUAUAAUAUAAUAUGAAUAUACAAAUAAUAUCCAUAUCUAAGGCUCUGAGCCUAACUAGAUUGUGAUCUCUGGAGGUAACUAAAUGUGUGUGUGUGUGUCCUCUAUAGCCCACCUGCCUCAACAACCAGCUGGUGUAUGUGGGCUGCCAGAAAGGUACCAAGGUGCAGGUGGACAGUUCCCAACGCAUGCUCCGGAUCGCCGACCCUGACUCUAGGUACAGCGGUUACUACAGUAUGCAGAAACAAAACAACUUCAACAACCUGCAGGCCGACAACUUCUACCAGACUCAGUGAGACAGAGAGACUGGCAUCGCCUCGCGUCCUGUACUCAGCAGUCAGCAAGCAGCCAAAACCAGAGAGAGAGAGAAUGAGAGAGCACCUUACCUACAGUACCGUCACAACAACUAUGACUUACCACAGACGGACAGACAAAUGUCACCAAACCUAUAAGAUGAGAAAAUAACUAGCAAACUAGCAAAGAUCACUCCAAACAAAAAAAGAACUGACAUAUCAAACUAGCAAAGAUCACUCCAAACAAAAAAAGAACAGACAGACAAUUGACAGUCUCCUGAAGAUGAAAAACAAACCAAACAAAAUAGAAUAGGAUUAUGAUGAUUUGAAACUAUAGCUAACACAAUGGGAGAACCAGAAUCUAGACUUUCCCUAGAUUAUUAUUAUACUGCGAGUGAGUGUUACAAGUGUGUUUGGUGUGUGUGGUGGAGGCAUGCGCAUGUGUGUGUGUGUGUGUGUAAAGUUAGAUAUACAUCUUUGGGAUUAGGACAAACUGGGUAUUUUUCAAGCUAUGGUAUUUUUCCUGCAUUCCUGCUUCCUUGAAAAAGGCCUUUGAAGAGAUAAACCGAAUAAUCCAAGCUAGUGUUUUCUGUUGAACACUGAACUUUUAGAACCAAAGCUCCUCUGACUGUCUGUAACAUAAAAAACACACCCUGUGAGAGAGAGGCUAGAGGAACUUUAUGGCCUGUCUGAGCUGAGCUAAACCAUGGCAGGACGGACUGACUGCCGGACUUUAUGUGGCGCUCAGACGAAAGAGCGAGAACAAGAAAAAGAAAGAGAGGUCAGAUACUGUAGACCCCGUCACAGACAGAACUCAACUGAACACCUCUCUC